UAUCAAAAUGGACGACACAAUAGAACUUCAAAACAGAAUCCUGGCUCUCAAAGUGCAAGAAUGCAUUACAAACGAAAAUAAAGAAAUGUUAAUCAGUCUGUUGGAAGACAUGUCAAAAGACAAGAGAAAAAUAAUUGCGGAUCACGAAAUACAAGGAAAAUCAGCACUGUUUCUUGCUUGUGAAUUGGAGGAAGAAGAAAUAGUUAAAUACCUGGUUGAGGAAUGUGAUGCUGAUGUUGAGCAGAAAGGGUUGAUAGACGACGUCAUGUAUAAUGUUCAGGUAACACCACUAUGGAUGGCAGCCGAACGUGGUUCUUUCGAUACCGUCAAAUGCCUAAUUGAAAAUGGAGCAAGUUGUAAUAAUAUGUCACAAGGUGGACUCUCACCAUUGAUGGCAGCAUGUCAAAGUGACAGUGCAGAUAUUGUAUAUUUCCUUUGCAAUCAUGGCGCAAAUGUCAAUAAGAUUUCCGAGGCAGGGGAUACUUGUUUAAGGAAAGCCGCCGGUAACCCUGAACUUUGCAAAUUUUUUAUAUCCCAAGGAUCAGAUGUCAACCAGAGAGAAAAAGGACAGUAUCCUAUCCUUCAUCUAGGAAUAAAAAGCAAACAUCUGGACUCUGUUAAAGAAAUGUUACGAGCGGGAGCAGACCCAGAUGCAGUUGAUUUUGAAGGAAACGACGCCUUACAAUUUGCAGCCAUAGUGGCUGCUGUGGAUAUUGUUCAUUAUUUAAUUGAAAUGCUAGAGUAUGACACAGAGAGGAUUUCUAAAACCUACAAAUUACUGGGAGCAUGUGCUAUUGCCAAAGAAGAUAUCAACACUGGAGUUGAACUCUGGCAAAGGGAUAUUGAGUCUGGGGGCUCAGAGGUGACACGGGAAACUCCAUUAAACGCUAUUUACAGAGGAGUCACCGAACCAAAAACAUUGUCGGAUUUGAAGGAGUUAAAAAAUUGCAGCAAUGACUUAAGUCUGGCUAGCUUGAUUGUAUUAGAAAAAAUACUAGGAAAGACUCACGGUGAAACAAUCCAUCAGAUAUUAAUGUACGGAACCACUUUGUCUUAUGACGAGAUUGGGGAAGAUUCAACAAGAAUUAUCUUAUACGCCUUUGAUUUACUGAGAGAAAAACACUCUGGACUUCACAGAAUGACAGAAUACGCAUUGUCUCAGGUUGUACGCUGUUUAUUUGAUAUAUAUCGAGAGAGUAUUAUUGAUGAAGAUAUCGAUACACUGUCUUUACAUCAAUUACACUUAGACGUAUUAUCACGUAUUGUAGACUUUGUAGCCAAAAGCCAGACUGAAAUGGAGAACAACAACAGCAAGGAAAAACAGUACAUGUUUACUACUUUACUGGAAAACACACUGAAUAUAAUCUUUCUGUUCUCGGGAAGAGAACUUAGCGAAGACGAGGAUGGAAAGUUUGAAUCAUUGUUGUACCGCUUAGUACGCGCAAACCCACACGACUGGGAAAAUCGAAGCCUUCUCCAUUUAGCGCUCUCGAGAAAGCUUGAUAGAAAAAUAAUAUUUUUGAUGUCACAAAAUUGGAGAAAUUGGUAUGUCUAUUUAACGGAAGUUUUGUUACUCCAUGGUGUUGAUGUUAACGACCGCGACAAUGAAGGAAAUACACCAUUCCACGUUAGUGCUGAUCUAUAUACGCAAAAUUGUUUUGAGAGUGAGAUCAAGCUUUUUCUUGACGCAGGUGGUCACGUGGAUGCGGUGAACAAUAUUGGUAAAACAGUUCUGGACUGUCUGAGAGAAAACGGCAAAACAGUGUGUGAAGUUCGGUAUACGUCUUUAAAAUGCCUAGCAUCUCGGGCAGUAGUUCGGUAUCGAAUUUCACUUCCUCAUAACAUUCCAAAACAUGCAUUGGAUUUGCUGAAUAUUCACGGACUGAAAGCAGAGUGAAUCAAUCACCAAAGAAUGACAGAAGGUAUUAAUGAUGGUCGGAGCAUCCAUUGAACUGGAUCCCGCUCCUUAUCGACACUUUUUAUUUUUCAUACAAUAAAUUUACUCUUUCCCCAUUACUAAUUGCUUACGAUGACAUUCUAUUCAGUAUCGGAAAUACCAAUGAUUUGUGGAUUUGAAUUUUUCGACACAAUAUCAAAAUAUAUUUGAGAGUCGAAACUUUUUCCAUUGCUUUUACCAUAACAAAAUUUCCAAAUCUUCGUCUGUUGCUCCUACACAACACUAUAUUUCCCUAAAGAAAUUAUGUACCUAAUGUAUAUACUUAAGUCCAUGUGACAAUCGAAGAAUUUCAUUUUUCUCUUUUUGUAAAAUUUUUAAAAAUCUGUUACAUCAAUAAGUUUAAAACGCUGCAUUGCAUUUUAUGCAAUAUUGUUUGAUCAUUUUCAAUCAUUUUACUGAAAACAACUAUAUGUAUGUACAACAAAGAACUUGAAAUCAAA